UUGACAAUCAAGUCUUGGCCUGUUGUAUUACCUGUUAGAAGGCAGACAUUUUCUCUUGUCGUAAUUUAAACCUUAAUAUUACAUAAAUACAACAUCUAUACUUUAUAUACAAAAUAUUCUAGUAAUUGGUAAGAUAGUACAAUCAGUAUGAAUUUUUGAUUCAUUAAAACACGUUGGUUAUAAAACCCUAAAAAAAAUAUCUUGUCAACAAAUUCCCACAAAAAAAGGUGGAUGAGAUAAUCUUCUUGAUUUAUCAAAAUGUCAAAAACGGUGAAAACUGUGACAACAAAGCGUCGUCUGGUUAAGAAAAAUGUGCAGGUUGAAGGAAGGGAUGCAGAAAUAGACAGAAUGUCUAAGAUGUUAGAAGGAGGACGACCGAACAAUGUUGUGGCCCUCGAGGCUCGCAACCGGUCAAAUGAAAGAAUGAUCAACCAUCUUAAUAUUCAGAUUGACAUGCUGCAGCAGAAAUAUAGAGAAGCUGAGAGGAAAUACCAAGAUUCAAUGAUAUCUAAAGAUGAUACAGAUCUUAAGAUGGCUAAACUUCAGGCCAGAAACAGAGAAUUAGAACUGGAACUUAAAGAUGUUGAUAGAAUGGCUAAACGCUUGCAGACGGACAAAGAGUUUGUGGUUAAAACUGCUGAUAGAGAAAUGGAAGAGGCCAAGGAUGAGCUAGAGAAAUCUAGAAUAGAAUUAGAAGGCAUGGAUAUGACAGUCUCACAAUUUAAAUCUGAGAGAAAUAGAAUGAUGAAGGAAAUUAGUGAAUUAAAGGCUAGAAUUGGUUCUACAGAUGUUAGUAGUCACAAUCUUGAAAUGUUAGUUGAUAAAUUACAGGAAGAGAAGAGACGUUUAACUCAAAGAAAUAAUAAACUUAUUUCUAAUGAAAAAGAAUUAGUUUUAGAAAUCGAGAGGUUAAAGAGGAAGAAUGGUCCAACUAAGAAGAGUAAAACACCGAGUAAAUUAGAUGCGUUUAUUCAUAGUAUAGAAGAGGAACGUGAUUAUUAUCGGGAUCAGGCUGAUACAUUACAACGUCUCUUACGUACGGAUGGACCUGGAACACGUGGUAAAAGUCCUAUUCGCUCCCGUCCAUCUUCUAGAGCUGGUAGUCCGGCCAGAGAUCUAUCACCUUCCAAGAGAGAUGGAAAGACAUCAGCUUCUGUAUCUCAGUAUGAAACUAUAGUACGAGUUUUAGAAGAAGAAAAAGAAUAUUAUAAGAAAGAAUACGAGAGUCUUAAAUCAUCCAAGAGAUCGGGUCGAUCAUCUCCUACCAAGAAUGUAAAUGAGGAGUCCGAGAUAGGAAGAUUAACUAGAGAAAGAGAUGAAUUAAAGAAUUUAUUGGAUAAAUUUGAAAGGCAUAUGUCUGAGAUCCAGGCCAAUGUUAGAGUUUUGACAUCUGAACGAGACAAGCUUAACAACAUGUAUGAAGAGACUAAGGAUGAACUAAUGAGAGUUCGUAGAGAACUGGUUGCCUCCCCUAAAUCUCAGAAGACAUCUUUAGCUGCGCAGGCUGUAUUACGUCGGGUAGAGAAUGAACGAGAUGAUGCUAUAACUGAUCUAAGAAGAGUUGUAACAGAUAGAGAUAGUCUCAGGGAAAGACUCAAGAUUGCCACUGAGACAUCAUUAUCUGAUAGAGCUAAACUAGAACAGAAAGUAGAAGAUCUAGAAUCAACUCUUCAUACGGUUGAAGCUGAACGUAAUGAAUUAGCUGCUAGAAUGAAUACACUAAAAGAUGAUAUCCGAAAUCUAGAUGAACAAUUGAAGAAUACAACAUUUAGAUUAAAUGAGGCUUCUGACAGUGCUUCCAAAAAUAAAUCAUCGUCAAACCAAAUGAAAAUGCUGGCUGAAGAAGCUGAAAAAUCUUUGGAGGAAACCCAGAGACGACUAAAUCGCAGAGAAUCUGAACUUCAAUCCCAAGAAGAACGGAUUGUCAAUCUUGAAGAAAGAUUAACAGAAGUAACACGUUCGUAUACCAUCACUAAAGAUGAAACUAAUCAACUACGAAAUACACUGGGUUCUAUGGACAGAGAAAAAGACUCACUUCAAAUGACAGUUGAUGAAAAAACAGAAAAAAUAGCACAGUUAAAUAACGAAUUACAUGAUAAGGAUAGAUUCUUGAGUGAUCUGAAGAUUAGAGUCAGUGAGAUAGAAGCCCAGUUAGAACAUGCUAAUGAUAGUUUAAAUAUGAAAGAUCGUGAAUUAAAGAGUAUGAGACGACAAUUAGACAGUACAGGUGAAGAUUUAACGGAAACAUCACGUAGUAAAGACGUUGCUAUCAGAGAAAAUCGUAGAUUACAAGAUGAUCUGGGGGUCAUGACUAAAGAAAAUCAGAAAUUAAAUCAAGAAUUACAAGAUACAUUAGAAGAUCGGGAGAAUCUUAAAAUACAAAUACAACAAUAUAUAUUAGAAGUUAAACGUAUUGAAGAUAUAUUAGCUGCUAAGGAACAAGAACGAUCUGACUUAUUAGAUCAGUAUCGUAAAUUAUCUAUGGAGGCUGAGCAGUAUCAAACUACAAGUCAUCAACUAGAAAGUGAAGGUUCUAAUCUACGUUUAGAGAUAAUGACUAAAGAUUCGGAAUUACGUCGUCUACGCGAUAAAGUAGAUAAUAUGGAAAGAGAAAUACAAGAGCAUCUACAUGCUCAACAAGCGUAUGAAAUACAAGUUUCAAAUCUGACGAGAUCCGUAGCCAAUCUAGAAGAAAAUCUACGUCAGACAGAAGAAGAUAAACAGAAUUUAUUUGCUGAUAUGACAGCUGUUAGAGAACUAUGUAGUAGAUUAGAGGGCAGUAAAGAAACACUUCAAAGACAAUUAACGGCUUCUAACUUAGAUAAAGAACAGUUACAACAAAUGAUAGAAGACCUACAACAAGAGGCUGAUUUAUUAAAAAGUCAACUCGAAGCUGAAAGAAAUUCAUUAAAAGGUCUAGAAGAGGUUCUACAAAAUAAUAGAGAAAAAGAAUUUGCUUCUCAACUCUCAUCUCAGGAAAAUAAAGCAGAGAAUCAAAUGUUGAAAGAUCGACUAGCUCUAAAUGACAGCAAGAUGCAAAGUCAGAGUAGAGAGGUUGCCUCCCUUAGAACUAGAAAUGUUGAGUUAGAGGGUGAUGUAGAAAGACUGAGAAGACAGCUGACUAAUGAACGUUUCGAAAGGGAGAGAGCAUCAUCAGAAUUAAGACGAAGUGGUUUAAAUAGAGAUCUGAAUACUUCCGCUCUAUCUCAGGACUAUUCUGGUACCAUUGGUUCCACACAUGUACCACGAGCUUCAUCUGUUCCUGUUAGUCAUUCUUCUACUACUAAUAUAAACAGAUCAUAUAGUCCUUCUAUAACACGAUCUAGAUCUAGAUCACGUAGUCCAGGAACAACGUCAAGUAGGUACCAGUCUGUAGAAACAUCUUAUUACAGUAAAACCAAUCGUCGUAUUUCACCAGAGAGAAGUUUUACAUUAGAUGAUGAUGAUCAAACAUCGUUGAAAGACGUACUGUGAUAUUGAUCUGCCUAUUAUUAUUAUACCAUUCCAUCUGAUCUGUGGGACUGUUCAAAGUUUGGAAUAUAUUUCAUAACCGUAUUAUAACCGUUUCAGCAUUUUCACUUAUUACGGUAAAAUUUAUUAACUCUAUUUGAGAAUAUUAUCCUUGAAUGAAUUAAGCAAUAAAAUUGAAAAUAAAGUACCAAUAAUGUCUGUUGUUUUAACAUGACUUAAGAUCCUGUAGUAUGAAUUUCUUUCAAUGUCUUUUUUCUUUUUAAUUCUAAAAACACAUAGCAUUUUUCACGAAACAAUUUAAACAUAUAGAUCAAAAUUUAUUUCAAUAUGACACCAAAGAAAUGUGUAGUGUGCCUUUAAUUGGACCAUAUUUUAUGCAUCAUACGAAAGAUAUUCCAGUACUUUGUUUUUAUAUAUUUAUGUUAUAUCUGUGAUAGAUACAGUCCUAUGAUCAUGUAUUAAGUAUUGAAUAAAGGUAUUCAGGAACUUGACGAUCGCAAGAAACCAUUAUAUUUUAUUAAAAUAAUAACCACUAUACAUAUAAUCACAAUUUAUUCGAGAUUUGAAACAACAUGAAUUAGGUGCUCAUCUUCAUCCAAAUAUGUACAACAUUUAUGUAGGUAAUUCAUAUGUAAUCCCUUGUUUUUUUUAAAUGUUUACAAGUGAGCAGUUUUGUUCGUAGAUUUGAAAAAGAGUGUACACUGUAGAGGCAUUUAUUAAAGUACAAAAUAUGAACAUGUAGUCGAAACAAAAAUUAAAAAUUGUGACUUCAAAUUUCACAAUUUCUUUUAAAAAUAAUUAUUGGCAUUUUUACUGAACGAAGAAUGUGAAGAUAUUAGCCUACCAAAUAAAUUAAUUCCAUUAUAAAGUAAAAUGAUUGUUUCUACCUCUUCAAGUCCCUGCCUUUAAUUUUGUCUGGGUUCCGUCCAUCUAUCACCUUGUUUAACUAUUUAAUUGGUUUUAUUUAUUUUUGUACAUUAUUAGAGAAAUUAUAUUAUGUAGUAUAUUAUAAAUAAAUAAAUAUAUAAAUUUGUAAAUAUAUAGAGUAUCAUAUUUAUAAACUAUUAUCUUUUUUCCUUGGGCUAUUUUUCUACCUGUAUAAGUGUAUGUGUUAUAAUAUAUAUAUAUGUUACCUAUAUAAAUAGUUGGUUUAACUAUAGCACCAAGCUAUCAUAAGAUAUUAUAUACAUUAAUAUAGAUACAUAAAACUGAUAUCAUUAUUUCAACUUUUGUUUUGUAUUUAAUUAAUAAUUUGGAUUCUCUAAAAUACAAGAAAUUAAUGUGUCAUGCUAUUCAAUGUGUUACGAAAUUAAUGUGUGAUGGAUGUUAUUGUUUCAUGAAAUUCAAUGUGUUACUAAAUCCACGUGUCAUAAUGCUAUUGGGUCAUGAAAUUGAUGCUGCCUGAAGGUAGUGAACGUAAAUGCGUAAUGAAAUUUCUGUCAUACCCUACUUUUGUCGAAAUUAAGUUACCUGAUUGUGACAACAUUGUUAUAUUUGCAGCGACUGUAUGUAUCAUUUAUUAAAUCAUCGUUGAUUACUGUAUUCUUUUGAGGGGUGUUAUAUUUGACCAGUGCCUAAGGUGGCAUUAAUUUCUUGCUCCCAUUAAAUUCUUGUUUUUAAGAGUACUCUGUUCAAUGGAGGUCACAUGAAAUAUUGUAUGGCAUAUUUUACUGGUAGUUAAAAAUGAGCAUGUUUUUGUAUCCAGUUCUAUAGAGCCUAUAUGAGAAUAUAAUAUCCUUUCGAUUCGUUGCUCUUCGAUAUUAUAUUUAAUUACAAACUGUAUCUUUCAAUGGAGCAAAGCAGGGUCUUCGUGUUUGCCUUGGAUUAACCUGGGCGCUGUUUCUCGAAAUCUUAACUAAAGAUGAAAUCCAAGUUUUAGUAGAUACUUCAAUUUUGAUUGGCUAAGCACUAAACUCAAUCGAAUAUUAUCCAAUCAAAUUACUAAAAUUUGGAUUUUAUCUUAGUUAGAAUUUUGUGAAACGGACCCCAGAUGGAUAAUUUUAAAGGUCAGUCAAUUAAUUGUAGGUUGAGAAAAAAAUAAAUAUUGUCAUAUUAGUUGAAAAAUAUUUCUGGCUAAUAAACAUAUUUUGCACAAAAUUGACUGACUUAAAUUUAGGAUGAGGCGCUAGACCUAUUAGGAUGAUUUUGAACUAAUACAAAGCAUCCCACUCCCCAAGUCAAGUCUUAUUCUAUAUUACCGACAGUCGAGUCUUAUUCUAUAUUACCGACAGUCGAGUCUUAUUCUAUAUUACCGACAGUCGAGUCUUAUUCUAUAUUACCGACAGUCGAGGGUUAAUUACAGAUUACAAAAUAAAUAAAUAUACUCCUUUCCUAAAUAUCUACUACCAUUUCCUGGUGUGGAUUCGAUUCCCCAUUUUUACGUGACAAGGAGUAGGUUUGCCUGUCCAACCUUGUGGGUUUUCUCUGGUUUCCUCCCACUGCGAAUUAUUGAAAUAAAAUUGAGCCAUUUCUUAGUCCCGAAAUGACCUAGUUUGUAACGAGUGGAUGUUUAACUCCAUUCCUCUCUCUAUAUAUAGGGGGGGUGGAUGGCUGAAUGGUUAUCACGUGCACGCUGUAUCAUAAGGCCUGUCAUUGAGUCAACUGGCGUGGUUUCGAAUCCCUGGUUGUACGUUGAAAUAAAAAUGAGCUAGUUUGUGUCAAGUGGACGUUAAACCCAAUCUCUCUCUCUCUCUCUCCGUAAUAGGCAAAUUUAUGAAACAGUAGUAUAGACAGGAACAACAUGUCUUCCACCAAUACUGUAUUAGAAUGUAUUAGAAUGUGUCAAGAUAAUAAAGUUGUAGAUCUAACGUAGAACAGGUAUUGCCAUUUUGUGUUAUCUGGGUUAUUAAUUAAUUUCCUUCGAAGAUGUGGAAUUAAACUUGUGAAGAGGGCUGAUUUUGAACCUUCUGUGCAAACAGUGGUAAUAUUUACUGUAGAUCAGUUGGGGUUCUGUGUCCAGUGACAGGCUGUAUUUUAUAUGCUUAAAGUAUGUUUUAAGUAGAAAGCAAUAAAGGGCGAUGUAGACCCUAGUUACAACAAUUUGUGACUUCUUCAAAUGCUGGGGAUCACGUGGCUAAGUGGCUAAGACGCUGGCUCGCUAGCCUGGAGGUCCGGUGUUCGAUCCCUGCAUUGGCCGAGAAAGUUCAUCCAGAUUUUCCGGCGUGGUUCCCCCUUGUCAGUGAUGCAGGACGGAUUGCCUGACAAGGACAUCUGUCUAAUCCUUCGGAUGAGACGAAAAACCGAGGUUCUGUGUAUACAUUGGAAUGCACGUAAAAGAUCCCUUGGCAGUUGGAAUUCGAUAUAAGAGUAGGCGAUAGUGCCCCUGCCCGGGCAAAAUUUCCCUCAUAGCACACUGUAUGGCGUAUGUCCGU